AUGAGUGUAUCAAAUACAAGAAAAAUAAGUCGUGAAGAACUUCACAAACAAUAUCUUAGUGAUCCAUGUAAAUUAUUAUUUAAUGAAUUUAUUGUUGAUGCCUUCAAAUAUCAAAUUAAAGGAUAUAAAUAUUUUUUAUUAUCACAUUUUCACUCAGACCACUAUCAAGGGUUGUCAAGUAAAUGGAAGUGUGGAAUAAUUAUAGGCACUGAAAUUACAUUAAAUUUAGUAAAAUAUAAGUUCAAAAUAAAAAAUGAAUAUCUUUAUGUUAUUCCAUUAAAUACACCAACUUAUUUUGAAGGAUCAAAUAAUGAUGGAUAUAUUGUCACAGCAAUUGAAGCAGGACAUGCACCUGGAAGUUGUUGUUUUGUAAUUAAAAGAAUAAGUGAUGGAAUAAUAUAUCUCCAUGUUGGUGAUUUCAGAUUUGAUUCAACUUUACAAAACGAUAAAAACUGGAAGGAAUAUGUCUUUACUCAACACAUAAAUACAUUAUUUCUUGAUACAACUUAUUGUGAUCCACAAUAUAAAUUUAAAGAACGACAAAUUAUUUGUAAUGAAGCAGUUAAAAUUGUUAAACAAUCAAUGGGGAAAACUUUGUUUAUUGUUCAAACAUAUACUAUUGGAAAGGAGAUGUUUGUUGAAGAAAUAGCACGACAAACUGGAAUAAAAAUACAUGUUGAUGAGAACAAAUAUUCAAUUGUUAAAUUAUGUAAAAGAGAUUUAUCAUUAUAUACGUUAGAAGAGUCUUCUUUAGAAAUAAGAACAAGUAUAUCAAAUAGUAGUAUAACAUCUUUAACAGUAGAAUUAUCACAAUUACCAAAUAAGUAUGAUAGAAUUAUUAUAUUUCAACCUACUGGAUGGGCGAAAAAAACAACUUGUAAAGGUUCUUUUGAAGUUAAAGAAUAUAAAAUUCCAUAUUCAGAACAUAGUAGUUUUAACGAAUUAAUUGACUGUUAUAAAAUGAUUCACGCUGACCAUGUUAUUCCUUCUGUUAUUGGUGAAGGUCAAACUUCUCAAAAAAUUAUUGAAAUGAUAGAAAGAGAAAGUAAACCAAAACCAGGUACAUUAGACUCUUUUUUCAUCAGUAAAAAAAGAUUUAAUUCAGAGUCUAUUGUUCCUCAUAAAAUAAAAGAUUUUCAUGAACCUUUACUUUCAAAUAAACAAGUUGUAUCUUCAAUAAUAAUUGAUUAA